CUCCCAGAUGACGCAUGUAUGCAAUUUGAGCAAUGACAUCAGUCCGGCCUACUGCUGCUUAGAUUGGUACUCGCCCAAAUUUAAAGCUGUGUGAUACUAUAUUGAUUUUUUCGUAAAACUACUUGAAAUUUUUAGUAAUUCCCUUUAAUUUUCCGAUCAGUUCUUCGGCAAAUAAAUUUAGUGAGUUCUGUGAAGUUUAAUGAAUAUUUAAGUGUGAUUUUGUGUUGAAUUCUCGGAUUAAUUUGAGUGUGUGAAGCCGGCUCCUCAGAUUAGAUACACAGACAAGAUGAUGUGAAACCCCUCCAAGACGAAAACAAAAAUAAAAUAAUAAGAGUUAUCUUUAUCAAGCACAAAUUCAAAUAACCCAAAAAACAUUUAUUUUAUUAGAAAAGAAGAAGUGACAAAUGUUGAUACAUAUUUUUAAAUAUAUGAUUAGCUUGUAGUAGUUAUACGAAAAACUUGAUAUUCUUCCCUAUUACAUGUUGAAAGAGGAAAGGAUGUCCGCUCUUCAAAACACCGUUAACAAUUCCAGUAGUAUCAGCGAGUUCUACAAUGGAAAGACUCUAUUCAUCACGGGGUGUACUGGAUUUAUGGGUAAAGUACUUUUGGAGAAGUUGCUGAGGUCCUGUCCAGGCGUAGCGAAAAUAUAUCUACUAAUCAGACCCAAAAAGGGUCAGUUAGCACACGAACGAUUGCAACAAUUAUUACACUCACCGCUAUUUGACACAAUCAGAAAAGAACGACCGUCAGAUCUUCAAAAAGUACUACCUAUAGAAGGUGACAUAACUCAACCGGAAUUAAAUAUAAGCGUAAGCGACAGGGCCGUACUCGAACGAAGCGUCAACAUUGUUUUCCACAGUGCGGCCACUGUCAAAUUCGACGAGAAGCUCAAAUUAUCCGUUACAAUCAAUAUGUUGGGCACUCAACGUCUAGUAGAAUUGUGUAAACGUAUGGAUCAUCUCGAAGCACUGGUACACGUAUCUACAGCGUACUGUAACUGUGACAGAAACGAGGUGAAAGAAACGAUUUACCCGCCACCUAUCGAUCCAGAUCAUAUAGUGACUCUAGUAGAAACUUUGGACGAAGAACUCGUAGAUUCUUUUACUUCGAAAUUGAUAGGCAACCGACCGAAUACAUAUACUUUCACCAAAGCACUGGCGGAAUGUUGGUUGCAAAAGAACAAAGGCGAUUUACCGAUUGUUAUUAUUAGACCCAGUAUAGUAUUGAGCAGUAUCAAGGAACCACUCAAAGGUUGGGUUGAUAACUGGAAUGGCCCUACAGGUAUCAUAGCGGCUGCAGGUAAGGGAUUAAUCAGGACAAUGUUGUGCGAUCCGAAUAAAAUAGCAGAUUUAGUACCAGUAGAUAUGGUCAUCAAUUUGAUGAUUGUAUCAGCUUGGAGGAUAGGAACCAAUUCAUACAGUAAAGAAAUUCCAAUAUAUAAUUGUGUCUCGGGCUUAAGGAAACCGAUCAAGUGGAAGGAAUUCGUGGAGUAUUGUUUCAAGUUCAGUAGAAAGCAUCCGGUUUCAGAUGUUUCGUUUUAUCCUCAAGGUACCAUCACGUCCUACAAAUUCGUUAAUAAAAUACGACAAAUUAUUUGGCAUUGGAUUCCUGCUUACGUUAUAGACGCUGCAGUUAAAAUAUCCGGAGGCAAACCAAUUUUAAUGAGAAUACAGGAAAAAAUAGAAAAAGCUGCUACCUGCUUAGAAUACUUCACUACAAAAGAAUGGAAAUUUGACGAUGAAAAUGUACGACAAUUAGCAAUGACAUUAAACGAUUCAGAUAGAGAAGAAUUUUGUUUCGAUGUUGCCAGAAUAGAUUGGGAACAAUAUUUAGAAAAUUACGUUUUAGGAAUUAGAAGAUUUAUAUUCAAAGAGGAUGUCGCUACGUUACCGAAGGCCAGACAAAACAUCUCUAAAUUAUUUUGGACAUACAAAAUCUUGAAAGUUGUAUCGGUGAUGUGUAUGUGGUACUUUUUGACUCUCAGAUCCGCCUCGUUGAGGCGUUUAUGGGGUAACGCUCUCAGGCUUCUCAUACAUUUAGCAAGGAUGCUGCCAUUUAUAUAAAAGAAAUACAAUUUAAAAAUCUAUUAGAUUAGAAAUUAUAAUAUGCUGGUAAACAACUCCAGCUGUGACCAAACAUUUUAUAAAAGAAAAUUGUUUUUAAAAGGGCGAGGAAAAUGGAAAAUAUUAAAUAUUUCAAUGCAACAAUCACUUUUAGUGUAAAAAGGCAGAUAAAACAAAAGCUUUCAUUUUCCUCGUAUAUAUUAGGAAGAGUAUGUAGUAGUAGUAGUAGUACAGUGAUUGGAUUCAUUUCGAGUAUAUUUGAAAUAACUCGAAACAUAAAACAACUAAAUUUAUAUUGAGACUAUUAAUUUUUUUAUAUUAUUUUUCUUUCCACAAAUCAGUUUCUUUAUUAAGAGAAAAUCGAAUUUGUUUGGUGAAAAAUUCAAAACUUUUCCAUUAAAAUUUCCGUUUCCAUUAAUACAUUAUGUAGUAGUUCAAAAUUCUCAAGUUUUAAUAUUUUUUUUCAAAGAAUACCAGUGGGUCCAGAUCGCGUCACUGAAUGUAUACAAAAAAAUGUGAGUUAAAAAAUGAUAUGAUUUUAUAAUCUGCUGUUGAAAACGAUAGAAUGUGCUUCCAAAUUAGAAGCUUCCUUUAAACGAAUCAUAACGCACAAAGGUAAUUUAUUGCCAACCAUAUCAUGAUUUGAAUAAAUUGAUUUUUAUAGUAAAAUUUAAGAACUCUUCAUAUUUCAUGAGAUAGUUAUGAUACAAUUAAAUACCCUCUUUCGGUUGAACUAUCCGUUGUGGUAUGUUCCCAACUUUCCCCUUCAGGAUUUAGUGUACUUUUUCUUGACCUUAUCCUCAGGAAUUGAGAUCAAGUUUCUCACAUUUGGUGGGCUAUUUCAACACUUAUAUACUAAUACUAUCAGAAAUUGUAACAUAACAUUAUUUUCCUAUGAAAUGAAUACUGAAGAAAUUUCUUCAUGUGUCUUGAAUCUACUGAUUUUUCUCCUAUGUUUGAUCUCAUUACGUCAAGAUUUGAAUUCUGAUUAUUUGAAGGAUUCACAGGUCUAAGUUGUAAUCAAAUUUUCUGUAAAUUUCAUUAUAUUCUUCCUCAAAAAUGAAUACUGCAGAAUUAUCUUCACAUAAUGUCUUGAAAUUUUUUUUUCUUGUACAUUUAUCUCAUGGAUACACUGAACUCAACUUCUGAGAUAUAGCUCUACAUCAAGGGAAAUGUCUUUGUGUUGGACUUCGGAUUAUGGUACAAUUUGUUACCAAAAAUCGACUCUUCUAGUAUAAGAAUUUGUUAGGAACAUUAUAAAUAUCUGAUAAAGCAUUUCUCGGUUAUUCUUCUUUGUCAUCUACCUUCUAAGGUAUCUGAUUAAGUAUUCUUCCAACUAAUCUCCCUUGUACCUUUUUAGGUGCCUAAUAGAGUAUUUCUCCAGCUACUAUUCUUUACCUUGCACGCCAGCUACUCUUUUUUACCUUAUAUUUUUUUAGGUGUCUGGUAUAAUGUUUCUCCAGUUUAUCUUCUUUUUUCUUGUACCUCUAUACUCUAUUAAAUAUAAUACAGAGGGAAUUUUUGUGCAUAUCUUCAAAUAAGCUUCCUUGUACUCGGAUGGCAAAAGUUUUUUUUUAUAUUGUUGUAAGCUUCCAAAUUAUUUUAUGAGAUUCGGUUUAGCUGGAUAAACCAGUGAGAAAGUAAUGUGGACCAAAAUUGAUGGAUUUUGUCUUCUGAUUUCAGGGUCACAUUUAAAAAAAUAUAUAUAAAACCGAACUUUUCAUAUACACACAAAAAAAACUUGCAACAAUGUGAUCUUCGAAAGUAACUUGCAGUUUUAUAAAAAAAUAUCGUAAGGUGUAAUUUUAGUGAUCGCUUGUUUUCCAAAAUUUUUAUAAAUAAAAUGUUUGGUCACUGUCUCAGUUUGGUUUUUCGGAACCGUCUAAUGAUGGGUCUUAUUCUGUUGACACAAACAUACAAAAUAUAUCGAAAUGUAUAUUAUGUUUUAUUAAUAUAUUAAUCCCCAAUAUGUAGUUGACAUAUCAAGUCACUACACUUUAAAAAAUGAUAAUAUACCAUAAAAUAUACCAAGAAAGGAGAUAGUGCUGGAAUUCUUUUUCAAGAGAGGCAUGGAAAAUAGUCUUUGAAGAUUCAUUCUUAUGCAAAAUACUCCUUGGUAUAAAAUGUGGUAACGAAAUCAUUUCGAUCCUUCUUAACGCUGCAAUUAGUCACUAACUUUAGAUGUAAAUGUAAGCAUGUAUAAAAUUCAAAAUUACUGUUUAAAUUUUUGAAAACAUAUGCUGAAAAAAUUUUUUUAAUUAAUCAUAGUAUGUUAUUAACAUUAAUCGCUCUUAAUAAUACACAUUUCGAAACAUUCUGUAUGGAUAAUAAUUUAUCAAAUAAUUUUAAAAAUGUUUGUGUCGCCUAUUUUUAAUUUGAUAAAAAAUAUAUCAGUUAUUUAUUCUUAAUAUUGGUAACGUUGUUAAAAAGUGCUUAGUUUUUUGUUUCUUUGUAAAGGCUAAAUAAUUUUUUGAAAACAAAAAAGGCUUGUUCAAAAAUUAUAAAUAGCAUUGUAUAUAUCAUAACACGGGAAGCAGAUAUAUAAUAUUUAGGACACUUAUGAAAUGUACUCAUUCGGAUCCUUAAAUUUACUGUUGGCUGGAUAUUUUUAAAAGUGUUCUUUUAUAUUUUUCAUUUGAGCUGACCUAUUUGAAUUAGUGACUUUUUUCCAUCUGUUUUUCAUUAUCAGACAAUUUUUUUUCUCUAAAUGAUUAAGGAAGUAAGAAGAUAGUUUUUUAAAAAAUUUCUAUUCAACUCAUUGUGAAGUUUGUAGUAUUCACAUAAUCUUGAGGAUUGUUGUCAUGAUGGUAUUAAAUAUAUUCUCAUUCUAAAAGUGAUUAUUCUAUAAUAAAAUUGUAGAUAAUAAUAAUAAUAAAUAAUCAAACCUAAACUAUUUUGAAUAUCUUCCCCAACAGAAAAUGUUAAUAUCCAGUUUGAAUAGUUUAAACUGAAAUAAAUAAUUUUGUAGAUAUAUUGACAAAGCUUUACAGAGAAUAUUGUCCUGUUAAGGUAUUAUCUGAUUUUUAUAAACAUUUAGCAUCUUAAAACAAAUUUUGUAUUUUCUUAGAGUAAAAAAGCAGAUAAGAUUCCUUAAUACGGCAAUUGCCUGUCUUAUAUAAUUUAUAUUCUUCUAAUUCUGACAAGCUAAGAUUUUUCUUGUAAAAACGUUGGGAAACCAUAUUGGAAGUCAUAGGGAAAACGUGCAAAUGUUAACAAUCCUUUGUUACUGGAUUUGACCCCUUAACACUCAAAUUUUCAAUUUGGUGAAUAAUGGGAGUCAUAGUAACCAAUUUAGCAGAUAAUAACAUUCCGUUGUUGCUGGAAUUGACCCUCAGCACACAAAUUAUGUAAUUUGGAGAAAAUGGGUGUCAUAGUAGAAAAUUAGAAGAUUCUAAUAAUCAAUUCUCACUGGAAUUGACCCCUAGCAUACAAAUUUUCAAUUUAGUGAAUAAUGGGAGUCAUAGUAACCAAUUUAGCAGUUAUUAUUAACACUUCAGUGUUACUGGAAGUGACUCCCUAACUCAAGAAUUAUUGAAUUUAGUGAAUAAUGGGAGUUAUAGAAAAAAAUUAGCAGUUGUUAACAAUUCAUUUUUGCUUGAAAUGACCCCUUAGCACGCAAAUUAUGUAAUUUGGUGAAUAAUGGGAGUCAUAGUAAAAAAUUAGCAGAUAUUAAGAAUCCGUUGUUAUUGCAAUUGACCCCCUAGCACACAUUUUUAAUUUAGUGAAUGAUGGGAGUUAUAGUAACCAAUUUAGCAGAUAUUAACAAUCUAUGGUUACUGGAAGCGACCCACAGCUCACAAAUUUUCUAAUUUGGUGAAUUUCUGUAAUAAAUUCGUACUUAUAAAAUUGAAAGCUUACUUUUCAAAAAAUUAUGUAGUCAGUAAAGAUUUUUAGGUUUAGUAAACGAAUGUAGAUUGAAUCGAUUAAGAAAAAAAAGAAAACUAAAUCGCUCAUUCCAGUUAUUGUAAGAUUUGUGUAAUUUUUGUUAUUUAGUGCGAAUAUGGCACACUUUCCAUGAUAUUCGUUUAAUUAUAUUUUAAAAGGUACUUAAAUGUGCAUGAAUAUAUUUCAUUCAGAUAUAUUUUUAUUAGUUUUAAUAUAAAACUACAUCGUAAUUCAAUUUUCAUUUUUAAAUGAUUUUUUCGAAAAAUUGUUCAUUGAAUUAUAUUCAUCACUCAAGCAAAUUAACCUUUUAAAACUGCUCAUAUUUUUUAGGAGAAAUGUGUCUAACACUCAAAUCUAAUGUUCGUUAUUUGUUAGUAUUUAAUUUAAACAGAACAUGAUUUUUUCAUUUUUUGAAUUUCGUUUCAAAACUGUUCACAUUUAUAUACUAGUUAAUAAUAUCAAAGUGAUUUUAAUCCAAAGUCAGCGAAAUAAAACACUUAAAAAUUCGUAUUUAUUUAAUUAUAUUUAUUAGCUACAUGAUUAAAAAGUCGAAAAACAGUCUCACAGUAUUAAUACUAUUUUUUUUUCACUUCCAGACAUUUUUGGGCUUCUUAACAUCAGAAGUAGUAUUUAGUUUACCUGUGAUGAAAGUAAACUACAUUAACAUCUUUGUUUAUAUAAUUAAUAGCUUUUUGUAACUUACUAUGAUUCAGUUUGAAAGUGCCAAAAGGUUUUUUUAUUAUUAUUCACUUUUUUAAAAAAUAUUCACCACUGGUAAACUAUUUAUUGAAUUAUUGAAUUUCAUUUGCAGUUGAAAUAAAGGUUUUAAUCUAUCUUGUGCCCUGUGUUUUCAUCAAAUUUAUUAGGUUCGAAGUACAUUUAAAUAUUAUUAAAAAUUUACUAUUUUUACAUUGAACCAUUGCACAUUUUUCUUAAAUACUCUGCCUUUGUACAGAUAACUCAGGUUUCUUCAACCGUCCGCAAACAAAAUAAGCUGAAAUAGAUAAAAUAUAGUUAGGGAAUUAAGGGAAUUACUUAAAAUAUUUUUUUUCAAUGUGUGGUUUUCAAAUAAGAAAGAAAUGGAAAAGUAAAAGAUGCUCAUUACAAGAUAUGCGUAUGUGGUACCCAUAGUACACACAAUAUUUUGUUGAACCCUCAAUGAGGUUAGUUAAUUUAAUAAAAACUUCUAAACUUCUUAUUUGAACCUUUUUAGUAUUUUUAUUGAUUGUGAAAAAUAAAUUUAAUCAAAUUAUGGGUGGAUAUUUAUUCAUUACAAAAACAGCGGAAAAUUAAUGAUAAUAUAAAGAAAUUCCACGUCUCCGGGGACUGGUAUACCUUAAAAAGAAAUGCAAAAGGUUUUUUUGGUAGCUGCACUAGCAGAACUAGUCAGGAAGUGUACACUAAAGCGUUCUAGUAUCGCUGUUCUUGGUAGCAGUUCACUGUACUGCUUGCGCUGGGUCUAGAGUCAGUUCAGCCAGUGCAGAGCAAUAAAUGUAAUCUGGAAACGGUGGCACUACAUUUUUGUCAUCGGACGAAAGUAAAAUAUCAAAAAGUUUUCCAUUAUUGUUAAUACUACAAGGCCUGAAUCACAUCAAAUACUACAAUCAACAAUUGCACUCUGCACUAUAUUGUUGUUUGUAUUCGAUCGAACUAAUUCCAAACACUCAUGAACUGACCUGCACUGAUCCAGUUCAGAUGCAGCUACCAAGAACAAACCUAAAGUUAGUUGUUAUUCAGUGGAAACAACAUGGUGGAUUUUCGUUGCCAGUGCCCUCCAUGGUAGGUGGCAGAACUAAUCUAUUUCAUUCUAUAUCUACUUCAUUCUAUUUUAUUCAUUUCUAUCCAGUUCCAAUUUCGCAGUUUCCUAUGUUCACGGUAAAAAAACAUCUUAAAACUGAAACACGUUUAUUUACAAAAUAAUGUUUACAUAUAUUUUCGACUAAACCAAGGAAAAUUAGUACACAUUAUUACAAUAUCACUUUUAAAAUAAGAACUAACCAAAAUAUAGAUUUUUCUAACAAACAAAUUGAAAAGUGUAAUAUGUAAAUAGAUACUAACCAGAAAUAAAUAUUCAAUGGAAAAUUACAGAAAAGAAUACUUAGAAUACUAUUUAAUUUUUCAGUGAUUUCCAAAUUUCUUCAUCUACGGCUAUGGUCCCUACCUGGCCUAAAACAAAUUCUCUUUAAUAUAAAAUUACAAUCUGACUGUAUACUAAAGAAUAUAUAUUCUCCAUUCAAAAUUUCAACAAAAAAUCAUAAUUAUAAAUCAAAUUUCUGAUAAUAUCACCUACCUGUAUACCGAAAUCUGAAUGAAAUGUGGCGGGAAUUCAGAGAUUGAUGACAAAUGACAUAUUGAGAGUAAUGACACAUUCUUAUUACACUAGCAUCACGCUUGUUAUGUGGCAGAACUAAAUUUAUGUUGUCAAGAUUUACAUACAAGUUGACCUUCUUUUUGAUAAGUUCUGUGUGGCUUACCCUAACAAAACAGACAGGGCCGAUAUGGCCCUAAAUGAUAGGUGCGUUUUAAUUUUUAUUAUUUGAAAUGAUUCAAGAAAUAGUUUUCAAAGCUUACAGUAAUAAGAAAACUAAUUAAAUUUUGUGAGAGAUAUCUGUACAAAUAACAGGUUACUUUCCCGCAAUUGGUAUAAUUGCUGAAAGUUGUUUUACAUAAACAAAUAAUACAUAUAAAUAAUUUUUAUGAUAAAUAUAACAUGUUAAUACAUUUUUUAGCAUUUUUAAUUGUUAUCAAUAUAUAAUUUAACUACUUCCAAUAAAAAAUGUUCUAAAUACCGAACCUUUUAUAUCUGCUAAAUAUGAUAAAAAUUUAUAUACUAAACUAUAGAAGUUAAAAAUAUUUAAACUACUUCAAAUAAAAUAUUCAAAAUAUCAUUUUUACUAUAUGUGUUAGGUAACUCUUUUAAAACUGAUCACGCGACAGCUUGCUUUCGAUCGAAUAUAAAUCUCAAAUUUUUGAAAAAAAUUCGUUUAGUUUACAACAGAUUUUUUUAAAUUAUUCAAAUAUAUUUAGUUCAAUACUUUACAAUUCAAUUUCAAAAUCUAAUUUUUCUUUUUCGAAUUACAUAUACAGUGUGAUCUCGAUUUUUUAUACUGUCAACGUACUGAAAUGUGUAAUAGUUGACAGCAUAUGAUUUGAUCAAGUUUUUAGGUAACACUAUAUACAGAGUGUCAAACAUAUACUUUUCUCAGAAGUUACCAAUUACAAAAAUUCUUUGUAUUUAUCGACUGUGGGUUUAAUACAGGGUGUCCAAAUUCUUCAAUAUCGACAUCAACUUUGGAAUUUUAAAUAGAACAUCCUAUAUUUUAUUGCGUUUUUUUAUUAAGUGGUAAAAACAAAAGUAACUUUCAUAAGAUAAUUGAUUUUCGCUCGGUUUAGGUAAUAUUUGAAUUGUUAUUGAAAAAUUUAUAUUUGGAAAAUUCCACAAAAUAAAAAUGAGGCUCCCUAAUAUCAUUUGCAAAAUAAAGUUUUAAACACAAAGCUCAGGUUACUGGAUGUUCCAUUUGAUAUUCCAAAGUUGAUGUCAAUACUGAAGAAUUAGGACACUGUAUAAUCCAAAAGUCAAUAAUCUAAAAAUUCUUUUAAAUUCAAAGAAAUUUUGUAAUUAAAGUUUUUUGAUAACUCUUACAGGUUUCGAAAAAAGUAUAUGUUUGACAUCCUGUACCUUCAAUCAACUCACAUUUUUAUUGGCAUUAUUUCAUUGGAGAAAAUUGCUUUCUAUUUAUUUUAAAAUCAAAAUAUUUAAAGAAAAACUUUCCAAUAUUUUUUAUUUUAUAAAAACUGUGACUUUACAUGAUUUUCAAAUACUAUAGGCGGGAAAGUACAUACCAUAUAAUAUUUACUUUUUUAUAACAACCUUACAGCUUUUUGUAUUAUUACUGAACAUGUUUUACCAAAUAUACUAGUCUCUACUACAUAGAAAAAACAUGCUUUUUUAUAUAUUUAUUUUUUGUUUGUAUUAAUUAUAGGAAUAAAGAAUUAGAGAUACGUCAUGAUUACAUAACACAAUGUACUUAUUAAAAUGCCUCGUUAUUGGAAUCCACUAUUUAUCUAUAUUCUGGUAAUUCUUAUGAAAUCUUGAAACACCUGUCCUAGCAACUUUUAGAAUAAAUCUAACCGACUUUAGUCUUGGCUACAAAGGUAAAAACAAGGUAUUACCUCCGAUUUCCAAGAACUUGUAUCACUUUGCAUGAAAAUUUGGAAUUAAGCUUGACUUACCCUUAUUUUCAAAAUCUACUUUAUGCCGAUAUGUGCUUAUUACGGUUAAGAGUGAAAACUACUCCUUAUUGCAAAAAAUCAAUAAAAUUAUAAGUAAAAGCAUUUAAUCAGUGGAGAAAUACUUUUAAGGUUUGAACAAAACUUGUUUAAUGCUUUAAUAUAAUCCAAUAAUUCAUACCACAAACUCUCUUUGAUGUAUAUUUUAGUGAAAUUAUAACUACUUGUGGUUUGCUCUUCCUAAUAUUUUCUUUAGAUAAAAACCCCGGCUUUACUUGUUUUGGAACCGUUAAAGUUUUGUGAUUUCCUUUUCUAUUAGAUUUGAUGGUUCUAUAGGUAUAGGUGGUAUGGAAUACUAGAAGAUCUGCUAAUUCAACUAAUGAAUAAAAAUUAUCAAUUGUAAGGCAAUAACGUUUGUUUAGUAAUAGUUUCAUGAGACCCAUUUCAACUUACGACGACAUUGGUAAAUUGACAUAUUGUUUCCCAAUAAUUGUUCCUUUUCCAUCAUAUAUAAGUGAUGACCAUAUAUAUCCAGAUUUGGAUUUGCACAAACAAACUUUUUAUCGCAAAUCCCAACCUAACCUACCUUUGUACAACGUAAGACUUCCAUCAAUAGUGAUGGGGUGUAUAUGCUUCUUGGUAUUUCCUAUGUAGGUAAAAAAUACAGGCCUAAUUUUUUUGAAUUUUGGCUGUGGAUGUAUAAUGGGGUCAUAUGUUGUGUUAUUGCUGAUGUGGUCUCAUUGGCAAUUCCAAAAUAAUUCACGAUGGAGUAUAAGUGUUGAUAUUUUGAUGGUUAACUGCAAUUCGAUUAUUUACUUCAUAUCGGCUCAAAUAGUCCUUUAUGAAAAUUUCGAUCUUUUGUUUAGCAGUAACAAAAAACAGUUUUAAUAACAACUAUUUAUCCUACUUAUUCAGUACAUUGUUAAUGUAAUCAAUUGAUUAGUGGAUAGUGAAGAAACAGUUUGUUUUUAAUUCUACUCGUAUCUAUUCUGUGUACCAUACCAUGUAAAAUGUUAAUUCUGUUUAUUUUAUAAGAAAGAUCGUGGAUGUUUAAGCAGAAUGACAAAUAAAUAUUGUUUCGAAAA